AAAGUCGGUUUUAUUUUAUCUUUCCCUACACAAUCACAAAUUUAUUCUAAAAAUUAUAUGCUUGUAUAUGGCUUUUCACAAAUACAACAACAUACUGCGAUUCUCAAAAUGCUUUGAAUGAACUCUAGAUAAUAAACAAGAAAAAGGAGGAAAAAAGGAGCAGUUUUUUUUGGAUUUCCUUUAUCCUCCUCACUGAAAUGCCCACCAUUGAUUUAAGCAGAACACCACUAUGUCUACACCUUACUUCUUUUCCAGUUCAACAAGUACCCAAGAUUCAUUUUUCUCUUUCAACUUUAUCCAAGAAUUCAUUUCUAUAUAGUUUUAAACCCAAGAGGUUUCAUUUCUUGAAACCAUGUUCUUCCCUCAAAGAAACCAAGAAACAACAGACCAUUUCAAAGUCACCUACAAAUUCACCCCAAAGACUUCUUAAUUUGAACCUCAAAAGAGAUGAUGAGAAUGAGAGUGAGAGUGAGAGUGAUGGUGAUAAUAAUAGUGCAGUUAAAGGUACCAUUUUGGCUGGUCUUUUGCUUGUGGGUGUAGUUGGUGGAUUUGGUGCUGUUGGUUACGUCUACAGAGACCAGAUUAAUGUUUUCUUGAACCAGUUUUCAGGCUUCAUUCAAGGUUAUGGGCCAGCUGGAUAUGCUCUUUUUGUUGCAGUUUAUGCUGGACUAGAAAUCCUUGCCAUACCAGCAAUUCCAUUGACCAUGUCUGCUGGUCUUCUAUUUGGCUCUGUGACUGGAACUAUCAUUGUGUCCAUUAGUGGAACGGUGGCCGCAAGCAUUGCAUUCUUGAUUGCCAGAUAUUUUGCUCGUGAACGUAUUCUUAAGCUGGUAGAAGGGAACAAGAAAUUUCUUGCUGUAGACAAAGCAAUUGGAGAAAAUGGUUUCAAAGUUGUUACUCUUCUCCGUUUGAGCCCUUUGCUUCCCUUCUCUUUGGGGAAUUAUCUCUACGGACUUACUUCAGUCAAGUUUGUGCCAUAUGUUUUAGGAAGUUGGCUAGGAAUGCUUCCUGGAUCUUGGGCUUAUGUGAGUGCAGGUGCAUUUGGUCGGGCAAUUAUUCAAGAAGAAGCUGGAGUUGGUUUAGGAGGAGCAAACGGAGGCCAACUGUUGACCCUCGGAAUAGGUUUAUUGCUUACAGCAGUCGCUGCAGCUUAUGUAACACAGCUUGCUAAGGAUGCUGUAAAGGAUAUCGAGUAGACAAUGGAAAUUACCUGUGCCUCAUGCAAGUAAAAGUAAUAUUUUUGAAUGUCAAGUUGUGACAUGACAGCCUCAUGUAAAUUCGUACGCUAGUUGGUCAAAUUAGAUAGGAAAGUUUUAUACUCAAUUGUAUCAUCUACUUGUUCUGAUGCAGAGCUAAUUUGCCUCUUUUCUUUUUCUCCAUUUGAGGCCCAUUUUAUUGGAAACGUAAUGAACAUAAAGGCAAAAGAAAUCUUGCCCUACCUUAGUCUUAA